UCAGACGAACUAAAGUCUCUGGGAUCGCUGUGUUCAGUCGUUAUAUCAGUCAUCAGUUUAAUACAGUUUAUAGUAUAUUGCAUUUAAGAAGAGUUUAUUAGUUUAUAUCAAGAAUGGAAUCAGGUGUUCACAAAUCACCUCUCAUAACUAACGCAAUUUCAGCAGUACUUGCACAAACUUAUAAUGCUCAAUUGUCACCAGACUGUGCAGAUUUUGAACUAAGAGCAAUAGAAUGUUAUGAAGCUUAUGGUCUUCAUGGUGGUACUAGAAAUAAGAUAUGCCAAGAUUUUAUGGACGAUCUUAGAGAAUGUAUGUUCAAAACAAAGACUGCGCUUCGAUAUCAUGAGAUGCAAAAGGAAAGAUACCGUCAAUACAAAGAAGGACUUAGAAAGGAACAAUAUUCUCCAGCACCAAAUCAAGAUCACGAAUAAGAACUCAUUAAAACAUUAAAAUGUGAUAUAGUCUUUAUUGUAAAACGUGUGUAACUUAACAACACAUCUUUGAAAAAUGAAAUAUUAUUAGCGAUUGAGAAAUUUCAAAUAUUAACAGGAAUUCAUGUAAAAAAUCGUAUGUUUCUUAUAUGUUCAAAUCUUUGAAUAUACAUAAUUUCAUUUGA